GGACUGACUGAUCAUGAACAGAUAUUGGCAUUUGCAGAUGUUGGACGAUAUGAAGUGCUAAAAGAGAAUCUAUGUCGAAAUCUGCGAAAUUUCCGUCAGACUCAGCCGUACCUACAAACGCACUACUACUCGGGAUUGUUGCUGAGCAGUCGGCAGUGGAGUAAAGAGCAGGUGCUGGCGUGUGCUGAAGUAUGCGAUGUUGAGCGAUUGAACCAGUUCAUUCGUGAAGCACUUCAAGCGAUUCAUGUUGAAGCGUUGGUUUACGGAAAUAACACCAAAGAGGAAGCCUUGAAAGUGAUUGAUGGAAUAGUCGCUGAACUGAAAACAGUUCCAAAAGUGAGACCACUGUUUACGUGUGAGCUGCAUCAGAAUCGCGAGCAUCAAAUCCCGAAAGGUAUCACUGUUUGA